CGUGCAGAAGACGACCCGCGGGAUCUUCGACAUGCUGUCGGCGCUGCUGUAACGGACUACCGGGGACCCGGUCUGUCACGGACCGACUCCCGCGGGUCUGACCCCGCUCUGCGCGCCGCGGAUCACGAUGAGCAGCGUCCGCCUCGCGCUGCACGGGCUGCUCCUCUGCGGGUUCCUCGGGGCCCAGCAGCUGCUGCCCGGGUCCUGCAACUUUGAGCUGGGCACCUGUGGCUACACGUCGGACGCGGAGCACGGCAGCUGGAGCGUGAAUGAAGAAGGGCAUUUGAUCACGGUGGACGCCGCCGGCCUGGACGCCCAGGAGCAGGCGGUUCUGGUCAGUCCGCUCCUGGACCUGCAGGACUGGAGCUGCGUGAGGCUGGUGUACCAGGUCAUCGGAGGGGGGUCCCUGCAGCUCCACCUCCGGCCACACGGGGAUAACUUUGACUACCGGCUGUGGACCGCCAGCAGAGCCUCUGACAGUUGGCUCGUUGCCAGCGUGGACCUGCCCAACACCACGAGCCCCAACCGGAUUUUGCUGGAGGGUCGACCUGACCGUGGCUCGGGGAACAGCGUGGCCAUCUUUGAAAUUCACAUUGUUCCUGGUUACUGCAUAGAGUGUAAUUUUGAGGAGCAUCACCUGUGCGGCUACAGUAACAACUGGAACCCCAAUGUCAACUGGUACGUCGGCGGAAGUGUGGCCAGAGAGUCGAACCUGCUUCUAAACCACACCAACAAUAACCAGAGAGGCCAGUACAUGUAUGUGGACUCCGUGUACGUCAAGCAAUUCCAGGAAGUCGCCAAACUGACCUCGCCCAUGACCACGGCGCCCAUCGCCGGCUGCCUGUCCUUCUACUACAACAGAGACCAGGAGAGGGGAAACAUCUUUUUGGUUUUCACCAAAGACCAGUUGGGCCACUAUGAGCAGAUCUGGAGGCCAGAAGUGUACGCGACCACCGGCUGGACUCAAGUCAGCCUUGAUAUCAAGGCCCCACACCCUCUGGAGGUGGAGUUUGAGGUGGCUUUCAACAGUGCCAGAGGGGGAUACGUGGCCAUUGACGACAUCUCCUUUUCUCCUGAGUUCUGCCACACUGACACAGAGCCGACCGUUGACCCCGCCAUCGCCAACUGUGACUUUGAGGACGGGCUGUGCCUGUACUCCCAGGAGAGGGCAGAGAGCGCGGUGUGGAGCAGAGUCUCCGUGAAGCCGAACGCCCACAGGAUCGGAGACCACACCACGGGAACAGGCGGUUUCCUCCUGGCAAACAUCCGGUUCACGCCGCAGCCCGGCUACGUGGGUCGGCUGCACGGUCCACUGCUGCCAGGCAACCACAAGUACUGCCUGAGGUUCUACUACCUGCUGCACGGCUACAGGAAAGUAGACAGCGCUCUGUUCCUCUACAUUUAUGACGAGAACAAUGUGGCCCAGGAGAAGGUGUGGAGCCUGACUCACGCCGCCAGGGCCGUGUGGACCGAGGUGGAGAUCGCCUACAGGAAGCCGAUGCUCACCAAGGUCGUGUUUGUCAGCAUAUGUAAGAACUUCUGGGAAUGUGGCCUCGCGGCCAUCGAUGACAUCACUGUCAGCCUGGGGGACUGUCAGAUGACAGCAGGCUCCCUGCCGGGCCAGUGCGACUUUGAAGGCGGAGUCUGCGGCUUCGCCCAGGACAAGAGAGGAGACAAAGCCGACUGGCUGCGAGUCCGAGGACACACCCCCACCUCCUAUACGGGACCCCAAGGAGACCACACCACUGGGGUGGGCUACUUCAUGUACAUCGAGGCGUCGCUCAUGCGUCCGGGUCACAAGGCCAGGCUGCUGACCUCUGACCUGCGAGGCUCCUCCUCCCCUCAGUGCCUGGUCUUCUACCUCCACAUGUACGGCUCCGGCACCGGGAUCCUGAGCGUGCUCCUGCGCCGCGGCGGGCCGGACGCGUUGCUGUGGCGCCGCCGCGGCGAGCAGAGCGUCAGCUGGAUGAGGGCGAUGGUGGACUACCGCUGCGACGUCCGACACCAGAUUAUCUUUGAAGCCAUCCGGGGCCCGACGCUGCGGAGCGACAUCGCCAUUGAUGACAUCCAUUUCAAAAGGGGGCCAUGUGAAGAUCUCGGCGACGUCUCGCCAUCCUCCGGCUUCUCGGAGUAUUUCAACGAGAUCGAGAACUGAGACCGGCAGUCGGGACCUCCAGCCUCCGUCCUGCCAUCUUUCAUUCACGUCCCCAAGUCUGUUUAGUCUUUUUUUUCUAGUUCUUCUCAGUUUGUCUUGGAAUUGUUACGACACACCGAGGGAUGGCCGCACAUCGUCCAAUCACACCUCAUUCUCGUGACUAUCAAAUACGCGACUGCACCCCCCCCUGUUGAGGCCAGUGGACACCACGCACAAAAAAAGUCAUGCAAAUAUUUUGACAAAUAUGCCAUGGGCGGGUCCAGGUGUGGUCUGGCUCUAGAGAGGGAGACCAGCACACGGGUAACGUUUCUACACGGCGGCUUUUCAAUUGACACCAAUGAGCUAGGAAGCUAGCUUUAAAAAAAACAAAAAACGACACACCCGCUACUUCUUUGGUUCUUUUCAUUGGGGUGACACACACACAGACACACACACACACAAUUCAGUUUAUUUGUAUAGCCCAUUUUCACAAAUUAUAAAUGUGUCUCAUAGUGCUUCACAAUCUGUACACAUAGACAUCCCUGACCUUUGACCUUUGACCUCACAUCGGAUCAGGAACAACUCCCAAACAACCCUUCAGGGGAAACAAGGUCAGAACCCUUGAGGAGAGAACAGAGGAGGAUCCCUCUCCAGGAUGGACAGAACAAUAGACGUCAUGUGACCAGAAGGAAUCAUUACACACUAAUUAAAACACAGUAACAACACAAUGGGGGUAGAGCGGAGGAGUGGGCGGAGUCUCAGCAGGGCCAUGGCAUCGUUGGUAGGAGCCACAUUUCACGAUCCAGACCUCCAUGCUCCACCAGGCAGAUACGCACACAGUGAAUUAAAAAGGUAAUUUCCCAAAACAGCUGCUCACUGUAGUGUUCAUCGUGGGGCAGUUUUCUGCUCGGCGUUGUCAGGCCCACUUUGCCGUGUGGUGGCAUCGGGCCUGGACUCCUGCCCCGUGGUCCGUGUGGGAUGAAAACAAAGCGCACAACAACACGAUGGAAACAUGAACAAACCGACGUCGUCUCUGGACUCCGUUUCAUUGGCCGACUCGCUCGCCUCCGGACGGGGAACUCUCCCCGGCUGUCGGCUCGCCGUCGAUUCACCACAGAAUCAAAGCUUCGGCAGGCAUGACACUUUUAAUAAUCCUUUUAAUUGGGCUUUUAUAUUGAAUUGUUUGUUUCUAUCGUUGUUUCUAGUAACCGGUGUUUGAAUCCAUACAUGGAGAGAUGGUGAUGUCAGGGAAUGUGUCUUUUGUUGGGGAGCGCGUGGUUCAAGUUCGAAUGCCAAGAACACGCUGAGUUUUUCUUUAUUAAGUUACUCAUCUCAUCAUCAGAUUUCUUGUAAUAAUAAAAUUAAUGUAUUGUGUUAUUUCCACUGUGACAAAGGACACGAGUCCAGCUUCAGUCUUCAGCCACAAUCAGACGCGGUCCCUUUUGUUUUUUUGGUAAAUCCCAAAUCUUCUCGAGGCUUCAGUGAGGUGCUCGAAACAAAAGAGAUUUGUGCAUUGAUUGUACACAGAUGUGCUUCUGUUGAGCCGUUGGCCUGUGAACCCGACUGAGGGGCGGUGGGGAGCUCCUCGACUGACCUCUACUGACAUCUGGGGCCUCUUUAGUUCUGCUGUCUCUCCCCAUUCUAUGAACCCCUGACACUAAAGUACACAAAUCCGUCACAACUGUUUCUGAGGUUCUGAAACCCUCAUGUUUGGCACCAGUAAAGGUCGAUUCAAUUCAAUUCAGUUUAUUUUGUGUAGCCCAAUAUCACAACUUACAAAUUUGCCUCAGAGGGCUUUACAAUCUGUACACAUACGACAUCCCUGACCUUUGACCUCACACGGGAUCAGGAAAAAACCUGAAACAAAACUUUCAUGGGGGAAAAAAGGUAAGAACCCUUCAGGAGAGCAGAAGCAAUAGAUGUCAUGUGACCAGAUGAACGGAGUGACAGAGUUAUAUAAACAUAUUAAUUCCGGCCGCCGCCAUCUUGUUUCUUUGAACCAGAAAUGACGACGAUAGUUCAAGCGGUCGUUUCCCCAAAGACUUCUAUACAUUCAGACUUCUAUUACAACUGAGGGAGUCGCCACUCGACGCCUAUGGGAGAGAAUUAUAGUUGAAGGCAGAGAAUCCUUUUUCUAAACCGGAGGCUGCUGUCGUGUCGUCUCAUAGUUUGAGACAUUAUUUCUAUUCAUUGUGUUUGAAGACAACAAAAAUCUGGAAUUUCGUUCUUACCGCUCCACCCGGUAUGUUUGUAACUCCCUGAUCGUUGCUCUGCCAUCAGGUGAACAUAUCAAACAUUGAAUGGGAUGGUGUCCCACCAAUAUAUACGUUCAAUGUAGAGACACUAAAAUGACUAAUGGUGACGAGCAGUUUGUACACAUUUAUUUUCCAUGUGCUUCUCUCCGUAUGUGGAUCUGUCUCAUGAACCACGGCGUCAUGUGACGCAUGACGAGCUUUUUAUUUUCUGGUCUUUACCAUUCUUGUCUUUUUUACAUUAUUACAUUACAUUACGUGUCAUUUAGCUGACGCUUUUAUCCAAAGCGACUCACAAUCCUGUUACAUUCAUACACCGUAGACGCAGCUACAGGGAGCAACUCAUGGCUAAGUGUCUUGCUCAAGGACACAUCGACUAGGGCGGGGAUUGAACCGCCAACCCCCUGAUUGAAAGACGGACCUGCUACCCACUGACCCACAGUCUUUUCUAUCAGGUCUGCAGAAUGUACACGACACAAUCAUACUGUUGAUAUUGAAUAAAAUGGUUGACAUUC